GUUACCUCAGCUUUUGUUCCCUAUUCCCAUUGUCUGGAUUAUCACGCCGAUUUGGGCAAUGGCAUGUAGCCAUGCACCAUCCAAUCAAACUCUAGAUUUCGUCUAGUACCGAUUCGUACACGGUGGGGCUGACGCUUCGAUAUUUUCAUGUGUAAAUCAGAUUCUGCACCCCUUCUAGGGUAAUCAUCUUAAAGGAAUCACUUGAUGUAAGAUUCACAACUGAUCACCAUAAUACUUUGCAUUUAUUGUCUCCGAGCCACCUUUGCAAUACUCCAUCGUGUCAGUCAUGUGUAAAUAUAUGACAAAUUCCUUUGAAAGCUGUGCCUUUUAUGACACAACGGAAUCGAAAAUGUCGGAUCAGCGGAUUGUGAUCAACGUUAGUGGGCUGCGUUAUGAAACACAGAAGGCAACUUUAAAUCGAUUUCCAAAUACUCUUCUGGGAUGUCCUUUACGUCGGAACCGCUACUACGAUGCGUUGCGCAAUGAGUACUUUUUUGACCGCAACCGACCAAGCUUCGAUGCAAUCCUUUAUUUUUACCAAAGUGGCGGUCGGCUAAGAAGACCGGUAAACGUACCGAUUGAUGUAUUUACGGAAGAAAUCAAAUUUUAUGAUCUUGGCGAAGAAGCGUUUGAACGGUACCGAGAGGAUGAGGGAUUUAUUAAGGACGAAAUACACAUACUACCGAAGAACAAUUUCCAACGUAAAGUGUGGUUGCUGUUCGAAUACCCUGAAAGCUCCGCCGCAGCCCGUUGCGUGGCUAUUAUUUCAAUCACUGUCGUUCUCAUAUCAAUUGUCGUCUUCUGUGUAGAAACCCUUCCUCAUUUCCGUCAUUAUGAGAUCCUGCGACCGGAUGAUGAACCGCUACCAGUAAUCAUGCCAGUGGAUACCCCUCAAACCACUGGAACAUUUUUUGUCCUAGAAACGCUUUGUAUCAUUUGGUAUACCCUAGAACUACUGAUUCGUUUUGCAUCUUGUCCUCAGAAGCUGUAUUUUUUUAAACAGAUAAUGAACUUGAUCGACAUAGUGUCCAUCAUCCCUUACGCCAUCACCGUUGGUACGCUUUUUGCGGAAACUACGAAAACACAAAAUCAAGCAAUGUCACUUUCUAUUUUAAGAGUGAUUCGCUUAGUUCGAGUAUUUCGAAUUUUUAAGCUAUCCCGACACUCAAAGGGACUUCAGGUUCUUGGAAGAACGCUGCGAGCCAGCUUUCGGGAGUUGGGACUGUUGUGCUUCUUUCUCUUUGUGUGUGUCGUGCUUUUUUCUGCUGCUGUUUACUUCGCUGAAGUGGAUGCUGCAGAUGAACAAUUCCCUAGCAUCAUCGAUGCAUUCUGGUGGGCCGUAGUGACCAUGACCACCGUUGGUUACGGUGAUAUGAGACCGGUUACGAUGUGGGGAAAGGUCGUGGGAUCUAUGUGUGCUAUUGCGGGUGUCUUAACCAUAGCUCUACCAGUUCCUGUUAUUGUAUCAAAUUUCAACUACUUUUACCACAGGGAAUCGGAAGCGGAGGAUAAAGCGGUGUAUGUUCAUGUGUCAAACAGCCACGGAGAUUUGUGCGACUCAGAUGGCACUCGUUCACACUUUAAUCGUUCCAGUGAAGAAAGCACUUCUGGAAAGUUACUUUGUGUCUAUAUUAACAGACGAGCUUCGUUCCGCUUAUCCGACAAGGAGAAAAACUCAUUUGCUCUCAUGGACAGACGAGCUUCAGAACCUCCAGUAUCUGUUGAGAGGGAAGCUGUGCAUUCCUCUGCCGACAGCGAUGAAUGCAGUGAACUAUGCCCACAGAAGCCCACAUCCAAAUCCAGUGAAAAUGCAGCCUCCAUUUCAUAUCGUCACCAUCACCAAGAAUUUCAGGAAAUUAUGCUGCAGCACGAGCUACAGGCCCAACGCUUCAAGGACAUUUAUCCACAACAACAGGUAGUCACUUAUCCAAAAAGGUCUUCCACACAGUACACGAAUAAUCCGUGUGCGGAAUCUGAGGUUUUAGUUCUUCCGUAACACUGCGUAUCAAUUUCUACCUUGUGAAUAUCCACCAACUUCCUUCAAGUGACAGCUGGUCUUGAGCUUGAAAAUGUAACUUUUCCACUACCAUGAAGGACAAUAUUGAUCCUUUCUACUAGUAUCGAUUAAAAAUGGCUGCAUUUCUUUUACCGUGAAAGUUAU